AUGGACUACCAAAUACCCCAGGGGAUGCAUUUGAUCCCCUCUGAGCUUCUGGAUUUACGACCAGACUCGGAGAUUGACAAUGAUAUCCUCCAUCCUAAACCGGUCACUGACGAGAAAAAUAUAUGGGUUUUCUGGCAUAGCGGCUUUACAAACAUGCACCCAUACUCGAAGCGCAACAUCCGUGCUUGGUUCCGCCGCUUCUCCAAGCUGGGUUGGGUGAUUCGCGUCAUGGACAAGGAGCCCGGAUCGCCCCUCAAUAUAGAACACUGGGCAGACACGAAGGAUCCAGAUACCUUCCCGCGCGCCUUCAUCGACGGGACUCUUAUCGGCGACCAUGCCGUCCAACACACUUCAGAUCUAGUACGGUGGCCCCUCUUGUUACGGUACGGUGGCGUGUAUGCAGACGUGGGCAUGUUGCAGAUUGGCGACCUGGACCGUUUGUGGAGCGAGACGGUGGGAAACCCCGACAGCCCCUACGAAGUCCUUUCGUAUAGCGGUGGUGACCCCGAGGACAUGUCCUUGACGAAUUACUUUCUCUGCUGUCGGCGAAACAACCCGCUAUUCUUGCGCGCCCACAAACUCUUUCUGGCGCUGUGGGCUGAGGACGGCGGAAAGACGAGUACCGAUGGCAUGCAUGCCAGUCCACUGCUCAAGGGCGUGCCUCAGAUGACAUAUAGCGGUUCCUUUACUGAGAACGGGAGGACUUAUGGCCCACUCGAGGUCGGCACCAUGCUCUCGGAUUACAUCACCCAAGGCCAGGCGCUCAAGAUGGUGAUGGGUAUGGAGGAUCCCGAGGACGGUUGGAACGGGCGGGAAUAUGUCCGAGAUCAUGUCUACGCCAUCGAGUUCAUGGUAGGCGCUCAGCUCAUCAACGAGUAUACCGGCUGGGAUGGUCAGUUGGCGUUUAAACUAAUGUCGCUGCCACUCCCGCAUGAGGGCGAGGCGGAGAGCGAGGAGCAAGCAAAGGCAAGAGAGAUUGUCGAGGGUUGUUUGAGCAAAAGUUUUGGAUUCAAGUUGGCUACCGGCCUUAUCUUACGGGUCAAGGGCGACACAUUAAGUUCAUUGUGGAGGAAAAAUGUAGGCUCGGAUGAUGUCCCUGGGACAUAUGCCCACUGGCUUCGUCAUGGCACUAUGUAUUGGACGCAAAACGAGCUGCCGCCAACGACUGAACUGAGGAUUGACCAGCCGUUCAAGAGAGGACCAUUACUUAGAGCGACAUAA